AUGGUACAUAAAGAUCGUACAUCAGAGUUUAACUCUUUUGCAGAGACGAUAAGAAGGAAACAAGAACAAAGUGGACAAUCACUUAAAAAGCAUACACCAUUUACACAACUUUCACAAUUCUCUGUUACAGCUGCUCACAUUAGUAAAGGAGUCUAUGAAACAUCUGAAAAGUUACAUAAAUUAACAAAAUUGGCAAAAAAGAAUUCAAUCUUUAAUGAUCCUUCAGCAGAUAUUGAACAAUUGACAUUUAUCAUUAAACAGGAUAUUCAAAACUUAAAUAGAGAGAUUACACAAUUAUCACAGAUUUCAAAGGGUUCAAAACAAAAUAAGCAAACAGGAGAACACUCUGAAACGAUUGUUGGCUUUUUAAAUCUUAAAUUGGCAAAUACUACUAAAGAGUUUAAAGAUAUAUUGGAAGUUAGAACUGAAAAUUUAAAGACACAACAAGAAAGAAAACAAAAAUUCACUUAUACAUAUGGAACCAAUAACAAUGGUGGCGAAACUACCGGAUUACUACAAGACACAGGUUCGUCGGGUUCAUUAACAUCACAUGACACAAAUCCAAAAACAAACGAAGUAUUACGUCAUCGUAAUACUCAUUCUAAAUAUGAUGAUAACAAUAAUGCAUUAGAUAAAUACAAUAAUCAACAACAACAAGAUGAAAGUAAUUCAGAAUAUUCCAUAACAAUGCCAUCAAUGUCAGUCCAACAAUAUGAUCAUUCACAAUCUAGAUUGCGGACAGCAGAAACGAUAUCAUCUACCAUCAAUCAAUUAGAAACCAUUUUCCAUCAAUUAGCCAAUUUAGUACAACAACAAGGUGAAGUUAUCGAAAGAAUCGAUACCAACAUUGACGACUCUUUAAUGCAUAUCGACAGAGGUCACAGCUCUCUCAUUAAAACACUUCAAGACCUUUCUUCCAACAGAGGACUUAUUUUCAGAAUAUUUUUGGUUCUCAUCGUUUUCAUUGUCGUUUUUGUUGUAUUCUUUGUAUAA